CACUAGUAUAUGAAUUUAAAUCAAUAAUUCUGGGAGACUUGAGUUUGGAUAGGUAGCUUUAACAAAAUCUCUUCUCCUUAGAAUGCACCAUUGAAUAUUCAUGAAAUAAAAACAACAAGAAAAUGGCCACAUCAAAUAAAGACUUUUGUCAUCUCUGUUGUGAUGAUGGAACAUCUAUAGAAGCUGUCCCAUGGUGCACAGAAUGUGACGUGUUCCUUUGUGCAGACUGGAAAGCAUCACAAAAAGUCUAGACUAUCUCAAGAACAUAAAACCAUGUCUACAGAAGACUAUCACAAGUUACCUAAAUUAAUGCAAGAAUUCAGUGUCCACUGUCAUUACCACAAGAGGAAGUUUGAAAUUUACUAUCGUUUCCAUGAUUGUCCCUGCUGUAUCCAGUGUAUCACUGAUAAACAUACGAAAUGUCAAGAAAUGAAACCACUGUCAGACAUUCUAAAGCAAUUUAAAUCUUCGGCCUCAGUUCAUCAUCUUGAAAAGGAGAUGGAUAAUGUGAAAGAAAACUUUAAAACGAUGAUUAAGUACUUAAAUGGUAGGUUGAGUUUAAGCAACGACCAGAAAAUAAAAGGUUUAUAUGAAAUUCAAUCUGUAAGGUCCCAGAUAGAUGCUUUCCUAAACAAAUUAGAACAAAACAUUAUUGAUAACUUAGAAUUUCAGCAUUCAAAACUUACAUCGAAGACAAAUACUAUUCUUAUACAACUGCAUCAGCAAACUGAAAAGAUAAGCCAAUUGCAGAACCAGUUUUCCAAAAUAACACAAUAUGCAACUGAGCUACAAAUAUAUGUGAGUCUCAGAGAAAUAGACAAAACUACAUCUCAAGCUGCGCAAUACAUAGAAGAUUUAAAAAAUGGAGACAACUUCGAUGAAAAAUGUCUAGAGGUUACCAUCUCAUCUGAACUUCAAUCAAUUUUAAAAGAUGUUAAAUCGUUUGGAGAUAUUAAAACCAAUUCAAGACCAUAUACUAUUCAAGUUAAGGCUGGAAGAAAAGAUCAAGCACAGUACCUAGUUCCAGUAAUUCCUACAAUUGAGCAAAUCAAACCAGUCAUGCAGAGACCACUGACAAUUCCAGUUCAUAUGAAAUAUGAAUAUAUGUUUGCUUGUAGAAUAUUACCUGAUAAUACAUAUUUAGUUCUCAAUGGCGAUUAUUAUUAUAAAUACCUAGCACUGUUUAGAAAUGAUGGCAUCUUUUUGAGAGUGGUAGUUAAUUUAGAAUCUUCAUCACUUGAUGUAUGCUUUGUUAGAAAUAAAACAGUUGCUGUCACAUUAGGAAUAGAUAAUCAGAUAGCACUGGUGAAUGUAGAAAGGAACAAAAUCGUGAAAAGAUUUAAUCUUUCACAUAACUGUGAUGCAGUAGCAAGUGAUGGUCAAAUGUUGGUCAUAAGCGGAAAAGUGAAUCAUAUUCAGAGAAGUACCUUAGUUAACCUAAAUGAUGAGACCCAUAAAGUCUUAGAAAUUGGGGCGGGCAGGAUUGCAUUAUUCAAUGGAAAUAUCUAUGGUACCAUCUAUAAAGAAGUCUGCUGCUACAAAAUUACUGGAGAACUUCUUUGGAAAUUUACGCACAAUAAGGUUGGCUAUUCAGAUGGACUUGCUCUAGACAAGAAUGGCUUUGUUUAUAUAGCUUCUAGUGCAAUGAAUGUAGUAAUGGUAGUAUCACCAGAUGGUAAAAUCUAUGAGAUAAUACUGUCAGCAGCUGAUGGGAUACAAUCUCCUGGUGCAAUGGACAUCAACAGAGACACAGGAAUAAUGAUAGUGCCAAGCAGAAUAAGCAUUGAAAAUAAUAGUAAUGAUAAUGUUGAUCAAUCAUAUCAAAUAGUUUUUGUGUAUAAAAUCUGAAAUGUGAGAUUUCUUUUGCAUA